CUCAGAAGCACAUAAAGUAGAUUGCUCGUUCUAAAAUAGAAAACAGCGGCAACGUUUUGCUGAGUUUCCAGACCUUUCCCAAAAUGGAACCAAUAACAUUCACGGCGAGGAGACAUCCAUUUCCUAACGAGGCCUCGGUGGACUUUGGCCUGCAGCUGGUGGGCUCCUUGCCCGUGCACACUCUCACCACCAUGCCGAUGCUGCCUUGGGUCGUGGCUGAGGUGCGAAGGCUCAGCGGGCAGUCCUCCAAAAAGGAGCCUGGAACCCAGCAGGUCCGGCUUUACGUUUCACCCUCCGGAUUGAGAUGCGAACCCGAGCCGGGCAGAAGUCAACAGUGGGAUCCACUGAUCUGUUCCACUGUCUUCCAGUGUAAGCCCCAGCACGUUCACAAACUGAUCCACAACAGCCAUGAUCCAAGUUACUUUGCUUGUCUGAUUAAGGACAGUGCAGGCAGCCAGCAGAGUAUCUGCUACGUGUUCAAAGCCGACGAUCAAACAAAAGUGCCUGAGAUCAUCAGCUCCAUCCGACAGGCGGGGAAGAUUGCCCGCCAGGAGGAGCUCCAGUGCCCGUCCGAGUUCGAUGACACGUUUGCCAAGAAGUUUGAGGUGCUCUUCUGUGGCCGGGUGACAGUGGCUCACAAGAAGGCCCCCCCGGCCCUGAUCGACGAGUGCAUUGAGAAGUUCAAUCACAUCAGCUGCAGCCGGAAAGCCGAAUCUGACCUGGUCUCCCAGGAUUCUGAACCCCCAAAUCCUGUGGGAGGGCUGUCCUUCACGGACAAGUUCCGAUCCGUGCUCCAGCCGGUGGGGAACGGGGAGCAGGGCGGGAGGCCCAUGCGCAAAUCCUUCUCCCAGCCUGGCUUGCGCUCUUUGGCCUUUAAGAAGGAAUUUCAAGAUGGAAGCCUUCGAAGUAGUAGUUUUUUCAGGUCCUUUGAGGAAAACGACAUCGAGAACCACCUAAUUAGCGGACACAAUGUUGUGCAGCCGACAGAUAUUGAGGAAAAUCGAACGAUGCUCUUCACGAUUGGCCAGUCUGAAGUUUACCUCAUCAGUCCUGACACCAAAAAAAUAGCAUUGGAGAAAAAUUUUAAGGAAAUAUCCUUUUGCUCUCAGGGUAUCAGACAUGUGGACCACUUUGGGUUUAUCUGCCGAGAGGCUUCCGGGGGCGGAGGCUUUCAUUUCGUCUGUUACGUGUUUCAGUGCACAAAUGAGGCUCUGGUUGAUGAGAUUAUGAUGACCCUGAAGCAGGCUUUCACCGUGGCUGCCGUGCAGCAGACGGCGAAAACCGCGGCCCAGCUGUGUGAGGGCUGCCCCCUUCAGGGCCUGCACAAGCUGUGUGAGCGGAUUGAGGGAAUGAAUUCUUCCAAAACCAAACUAGAACUCCAGAAGCACCUGACGACAUUGACUAAUCAGGAGCAAGCAACUAUCUUUGAGGAGGUUCAGAAAUUGCGACCAAGGAAUGAGCAGCGAGAGAAUGAAUUGAUUAUUUCUUUCCUGAGAUGUUUAUACGAAGAAAAACAAAAAGUUCACAUCCAUGUUGGGGAGAUGAAGCAGAGUGGUCAGAGCAACUCUCGGAGGCAAACUAUUUCCUGGACCCGCAGCCAGGCCAUCGAGGAGCAGACAUCACAGAUUGCAGCGGAGACUAUUGGAAGUGAGUUACCACCUAGUGCCACUCGACUGAGGCUGGAUAUGCUGAAAAACAAAGCAAAGAGAUCUUUAACAGAGUCCUUAGAAAGUAUUUUGUCCCGGGGUAAUAAAGCCAGAGGCCUACAAGAACAUUCUGCCAGUCUGGAUCUGGACAGCUCCUUAUCUAGCACAUUAAGCAACACCAGCAAAGAGCCGCCUGGCUGUGACAGGGAGGCAGCGCCCGCCUCCGAGGGCUCCUUCAGGCUCCUCGGCUCCUCGGAUGACCUGUCCGGCGACUUGGAAAGCCACCCCGCAGAAGAGCCCGCCCCACUGACGCCCCAGCAAGGCUUCCGGCGGCGUGCCAACACCCUGAGCCACUUCCCCGUGCGAUGCCAGGAGCCUCCGGAACCGGCGCAAGGGUCUCAGGGGGCCUCCCAGAGGAAGCUCGUGAGGUACCACUCCGUGAGCACAGAGACGCCUCAUGAACGCAAGGACUUGGACUCCAAAGCUAACCACCUUGGCGAUGCCAGCGGGACCCCCGUGAAGACGCGGAGACACUCCUGGAGGCAACAGAUCUUCCUCCGAGUGGCGACCCCACAGAAAGCGUGCGAUUCUCCCAGCAGAUAUGAAGAUUACUCUGAGCUGGGAGAGCUCCCACCCCGAUCUCCUUUAGAACCGGUCUGUGAAGAUGGACCCGUCGGCCCCGUCUCAGAGGAAAGGAAGAGGACCUCUCGCGAGCUUCGAGAGUUGUGGCAAAAGGCCAUUCUACAACAGAUCCUGCUGCUCAGAAUGGAGAAGGAAAACCAGAAGCUGCAAGCCUCUGAAAAUGAUUUGCUGAACAAGCGCCUAAAGCUUGAUUACGAAGAAAUCACUCCUUGUCUUAAAGAGGUCACCACAGUGUGGGAAAAGAUGCUUAGCACUCCAGGAAGAUCAAAAAUUAAGUUUGACAUGGAAAAAAUGCAUUCGGCCGUCGGGCAAGGUGUGCCGCGUCAUCACCGGGGGGAGAUCUGGAAAUUCCUAGCAGAGCAGUACCACCUCAGGCACCCGUUUCCCAGUAAACAGCAGCCAAAGGACACGCCAUACAAGGAGCUCUUGAAACGGCUCACCUCCCAACAGCAUGCGAUUCUCAUCGACCUCGGGCGAACCUUUCCAACACAUCCGUACUUCUCUGCACAGCUGGGGGCGGGCCAGCUCUCACUGUACAACAUUCUGAAGGCCUACUCGCUUCUCGACCAGGAAGUGGGGUACUGCCAGGGUCUCAGCUUUGUGGCGGGCAUUUUGCUGCUCCACAUGGGUGAGGAAGAGGCAUUUCACAUGCUCAAGUUCCUGAUGUUUGAAAUGGGACUGCGGAAACAGUACCGGCCGGACAUGAUUAUUUUACAGAUCCAGAUGUACCAGCUCUCGAGGCUUCUUCACGAUUACCACAGAGACCUCUACAAUCACCUCGAGGAGCAUGAGAUCGGCCCCAGCCUCUAUGCCGCCCCCUGGUUUCUCACCGUGUUUGCCUCCCAGUUCCCUCUGGGAUUUGUAGCCAGAGUCUUCGAUAUGAUCUUUCUUCAGGGAUCAGAGGUCAUAUUUAAAGUGGCAUUAAGUCUGUUGGGAAGCCAUAAGCCCUUGAUUCUGCAACACGAAAACCUAGAAACCAUAGUUGACUUUAUAAAAAACACCCUUCCCAACCUGGGCUUGGUGCAAAUGGAAAAGACCAUCAGUCAGGUGUUUGAGAUGGAUAUCUCUAAACAGUUACAAGCCUAUGAAGUCGAGUACCAUGUGCUUCAAGAAGAACUUAUCGAUUCCUCUCCUCUCAGUGACAACCAAAGAAUGGACAAAUUGGAGAAGACCAACAGCAGCUUGCGUAAACAGAACCUUGACCUUCUGGAACAGCUGCAGGUGGCAAACAGUAGGAUCCAGAGCCUGGAAGCCACCGUUGAGAAGCUUCUGACCAGCGAAAGCAAGCUGAAGCAGGCUGCCCUUGCCCUGGAGCUGGAGAGGGCCGCCCUGCUGCAGGUGGUAGAGGAGCUUCGGAGGCAGACGACGGCAGAGCCGAGUGGGCUGGAGCCUGACCUCGCACAGCCCGGGCCCACGGGGGACUGACAGCACCAGAGAUAGCACUCGCCAGAGCCUGGCUCCGAGGAGACACUGUGGCCCCGCCCUGACACUGUCCAGGCCUUAACAGAGAGGGACAGACCAUGCUGGAGGGAGAGAACCAGGCAUGACGCGUGCUUCUCAGGGAGGAAACUGGCUUCCAGCGUGCAGACUGUCCUGAACUAAAACUUGCAAGUCAGGGGGACAGAUGUCCCGGUGUUUCUUGUUGUUUAGGUUGUAUUCCGUCCCUUCUCCAGUCCUGAUUGCUGUACCCAAUAGGUUUAGAUGGCAUGGACGUGAAUAAAUUCACCUUUAUGUUUC